AUGGCAUCGACGACGAACGCAACGUCGACCCCCACGCACGAUGCGCCGAAACCCAUCAAGAAGGCCAACAGCAAGCCCACCCCAGCGCCGGUACAGACCGUAUUCGGCUGUACCCAUAUCAAGAAUCUGUUGAGCAAUGCGCGCCCGCAAGCUACCGAAGGUUACACCAAGAUCAUCGGCACACUACAAAAGGAGGGAAGCCUGGCCGACCGGAUAUACAAGAGCGCUGGAGGCCCGGCGGCUUGCAACCAUGUCACAUAUCUCUGUCUGCAGUGUCCCAACGUGUCUGCAUCACGGGACAAGCACAAUCCGAAUCACAAGUUCUCUGUCGAAUCCACAAACGGGUUCCUCUAUUGUACAGACUGCAAGGACUUUGUCUACGACCCGACGUUCGAGGAGAUCAGGGCCCCCAACCUCAAGAAGCGCAAAUACUCGGCGCCGGUCGCGGAAGGAGACAAGAAGCUGGUGGCCAACAACGCGGCAGCGACGCCAUGCUCCGCCACGGGAUUGCGAGGGCUAUAUAAUAUGGGCCAAACAUGCUUUAUGUCUGUCAUUGUGCAGUCGCUCAUACACAACCCGCUGAUUCGGACCUUCUACCUCGCCGAAGGACACCGGUCUACGRAGUGUGAGCGCGAUGCCUGCACGUCUUGUGCUCUGGACGACAUGUUUACAGAUUUUUACUCACAAGACAAACACGAGGGCUACGGCGCAGUACACAUGCUGCAGGGUUGCUGGAAAGGCGGUGGGGGCCUGGCAGGUUAUAGUCAGCAGGACGCCCACGAAUUCUUCGGCUUCAUACUCAACAGCUUGCACGAAGCAAAUACGGAGGAGGAAGAGAAGCCGGCGAAACCCAACGACGCAAAAGACUGCGAAUGUAUAGUCCACCAGGUAUUUGGUGGCUUACUGCGAAGUACAGUCACCUGCAGUACGUGCAAGAACACGACCACUGCCCUGGAUCCGGUCAUGGACCUCAGCCUGGACGUGAAGAAUGCCGGCUUCAGCAUUAAGAAGAAGAAGCUCGCUAUGAUCAACGGCACGCAGACUGUGAAAGAAGCCCUACCGAUGGACCUUUCGGAAUGUCUCGAACGUUUCACCACCGCCGAGACACUAUCCACCGAUAGCUACUUCUGUCGAAAGUGCAGUGAGAGCCGAGAGGCAAAGAAGAAACUUACCCUUGCGCGGUUGCCACCAGUCCUACCCAUCCACCUCAAACGCUUCUCUCAUACUAAGAGUAAUUCCCAAAGCAACAAGGUCGACACCAAGGUCCGCUUCCCUUUCACCCUCGAUCUCACGCCAUACAUGUCCUCAGCAGCAGCACCAGCGCAAGUAAAAGCCAAAUCACAACCACCAGUGGAAGAAGACCCCGAUACUAUCGAUGUCAAGACCCGCGGCAGCAAUGGUAUCAGUAAAGACGCAUCGCCAAUUGAGCCCAUCUACGAGCUCUCUUCCGUGGUCGUGCACAAAGGCAAGAUCGAUAAUGGACAUUAUGUCUCCUAUGCAAGACAGGGAGAAGAGUGGUUUCGCUUCGACGACAGUAUGGUGGUGCAGGUUGAUGAGAAGGAAGUCCUGAACGCGGAGGCUUACAUGCUGUUCUAUGUGGUGAGGGAGUUUUAG